AAGGAUUUUAACGAAUAGGGGGUCAGUAUGCGCGGCGGUGUAUGCGCAGUAAUACGAGGCGCGCGUGUUACCUCGAACAGGAGCUGUUCGUCGCGGCGCAGGACGAGUUCUCUUCGAUAGUCUCCUCUUAUUCUCUUCGGUAUAAAAGGCUACGUGUCGCCGGUACGUUUACGGUAACCUCGUCCGCGCGUGCCCGUUCGUAACCUCUCGUCCAUCGUCCUCGUCGUCAAUUUUUAUUCCCUCCUCUUUCUCUCUCUCUCUCUCUCUCUCUCUCUUUCUCUCCCUCUCUCUUCCGCACCGAUUUCUCUCCCCUCGCGCGCGUUUGCGGUAUCUUAAUUUUUCCUCAUUUUUGUUUUAUUUUUAAAUAUACACAAAGCGUAUUCGAGAACACUUUAUUUAAUAUCUCGUGGAUUGUCAUUAUUAUUAUUAUUAUUAUUAUUAUUAUUAUUGGUAUCGUCGUCGUCUGUCGUGAUUGGUGCGUGCGUGACCAAAGACGGAAUACGCAGGAACACCAGGAAUAGGAGGAACUGGUGAAGGAUUAAUUGUUGAAUGAGUAGGGAGAAAGGAUAGGUGCCCUUCCUUCCUUCCUUCUUUCUUUCCUUUUUCAUUUCUCCUUAUUAUUUUGUCCCUUUUUGUCUUAUUCCCUUUCUUCCUUUCUUUUUUUGUUUUUUUUUUUGUUUUAAUGCGUGCAUAUUAAGCAUGCACGCAUGCUGAUAAACAACGCUGUCACACACGCGUAGAUGGAAACACGUGUGUCUGGGAUCUCAUUGAAGAUUCGAUUUGUUUUAUUUUAUUGAUAUUGUGUGUUAUCAAUCUAUGACUCUAUAUUCGGACACGUGAAUUGAAAGAUCAUUUUGAAAAAAAAAAAACAUUUUACGGUAUACGUUAAUUACAUCGAUACAAUGAUAGAUGAUUUAUAUUUCAAUGUUUUAUUCGAUUGUACAAAUGUGAAAACUUUUUAAAUAAAACAAAAAAAAAAAGAAGAAGAAAUCGUUUUAACAACACUUUGAAGAAGUCGUCGACAUUUACAUCCAAUCGACCCAGCUUUAUACUCCUCUCGAGUUUCACAUUGCAACAGAUUGAAACACUAAUCAAAUCACUAUUAGGGGAAGGAAAGAAAGUAGGGUGGGGGUCAGGGAUUUUGGAAAAUUCAAGAGCUAAAGUUGCGUGGUAAAACAAAACAAAAAAAAACAAAGAAAAAGAUUUAGUUUUCCAAGUUGUGAGAGAAUUGAUUGAUUUUGGUGAACGGGGGUUAUGGUCUCAGGUGCGACGGCGGGGCGAUGACGCUCUAUCACCGUCCACCGUCAUCACCAGGAGUCCCUCAGGACUCACCACCCAGCUUCCUAAACCUAAACCUAAUCCCAGAUCCAAUCCCGAUUCCAAUAAUCUUCAGAACAAGGAUAACAUCCUCCUAUCGUCUAUCCCGUCGAUCGACAAGGACGACGACGAGGAGGACAACGACGAGGACAACGACGAGGACGAGGACGGGAACAAAGACUAAAAGGACUAAUACCUCGAGAAAAAUUAUAAAUAUUCAAAGAAACGUCUGCGAGAUAUUGUUUAGGUGUUUUUUCACGAAAACAAGGUAUGAGGGAUCGUCCUCAUCGUUAUCGAGAACACGGACAGGCCAUGCCACUCGAGGAAGUCCAAGGAUUGUUACUUCCACCCUCGAGAACAGGUAACCGGGGACCUGUUAAUGCAACGAUUGUACAGGUGGGAAGGGGGAAUGGAGGGGGUGCUGGAGAUACCGGAAGUGAUUUAUUGAGAUUGGAACCACCAUCGGAUUUAAGGCCUGCACCAUCACCCCUUUCCGAUACCAGUGCCACCUUACAGUCUGACAACAAUGACACCUUUACUGGAGGUGUCGAUCCAAGGUUACUGUUGGGUGGCACUGGUACAGGAGGUGAUCGUAACACGUGGGAGGGUCGUUAUCACGUUAAGGAACAUCGUCGUGCUGGAAAAGCAACCUUCCAGGGUCAAGUUUACAACUUUCUCGAACGUCCUACUGGCUGGAAGUGCUUCCUGUAUCACUUCUCUGUGUGAGUAAUCAAUUAUUUUCU